GUGUCUCGUGUUCAGUUGUGCUCAGCCUUCCGACAAUUCGCAACUCCGAGAUUGCGAUUUUGUCUCAGUCUUCAUUAGCCAAUCAGUCGAUUGAAAAGCAUCACCAAGUGGUCAACCAGAUAAUUAGGGGAUUACCCAAUAAAUUAAUUACUCAUCCAAUCGAGAGCUAUGAUCCCUUCGUGAAUAGAGGACUGAAGGUAACGCGAAAAAAAAUCGGAUAUCACGAUGACUAUCACGAGGUUGACCGGUCUCGUGAGUUUAUUGAUCCUGAUGACCUCGAGGCGACCGGUGGAUGCCACUGAGCUCCAGUUCUCCCGUAAUUCCACCAGGACCCAUCAUCAUUCCCAUCAUCUCCAUCGGCACCAUUUGCACAGCGAUUCAGUGGAUAAAUCGGUAGAUACGGAUCGUCGAGGAAGAAUCCACCGAUCGAGAGAACUCGACGAUUCCUCCGUCGAUGACACCAGGACACCAUCCCCUCAUCAGGAAGACAGACCUGGAAGACUCACUGCUGUCGAUUCCACCAGGACAGGCUAUCAAGGGGAUCAGCGGUUCAGGGCUAGGGAGGGGUUCAAUGGAUUUAGUCUCACCACUUCACCACCGGUUUACACGAAACAUCAUCCUGGACGGCGCGUUUGCACGAGGCAACCACCGGCAGGUAAUCACGCUGGCACGCAAAUAAGGUUCACAUACACCCAACUAUCGACACCAGGUUUCCUGUGUUGCCCAGGAUGGACCCAAGUAACACCUACCAGUUACGGUUGCAACAGACCCACCUGCAUUGCACCUUGUUACAACGGCGGUAUUUGCGGUACCCAUGGCAAAUGCAAUUGUCCCAAGGGUUUCACUGGUACCCAGUGUCAAAUAGAUGUGGAUGAGUGCAUAACAGAGAAGCCCUGUGCCCAGAUUUGCACGAACAUACCUGGUAGUUACGAAUGUCACUGCCGAUACGGAUUUCACCUGCAACCGGAUGGUCAGUCCUGCAGGAAAAAUGAUAGCGAUGGUACAGCAUUGGAGGCACGAGAUCUAGAGAAUGACUACGGUAUCACGACCACCACAAGAACCGAUGGAAAACCUCAUGAUACCGAGAAUGAAGUCGGCGACGGGGAGGACGAGAAUUUCCACGGAAUUAUCAGGAGGCUCAACAAACUCGAGAAGUUCGCGCGAGAGAAGAGACGUGAGACUGAAACAAUUCAAUUGAACACGAAGAUCGAUCAGGCAGUGGAGGGUGUAGCUGAGCUACGACUGGCAGCCAAGAAUGCCCUGCACUUCCUCCUGGAGACAUUCGGUCCAGUCCGUCAGGACAUGACGAAUUUGAAAAGUAAAUUCGAGUUAGAACACAGAAGAGUGGACUAUCUCAUUCAACGAGUGGCCGAUCUCGAUCACAGGCUCAAUGGACAACGCCCUGGCAUCAUGAAUGGAUAAAUCCCCUGCCAUCCCCUUAUCUUAAUAAUUAAAAAAUAGUACUAUAGACCUUUAAACUGAGAGCUCGUUUUUUUAUUUUUUCUACAAGAUAUAAAGUAGCAAAUUAUGAUUUCUGUAUCGAAACAGUGAACGGUAACAAGGCAACUUGUUGCUAGUGUUCCACGAAUAUCGCAGAAUAUAAGAGAUAAGAAAAUUUUACCCAGGAAUUUUUCAGAGAGAGAAAUGAAGA